CAUUCCAAACAACAUCGCGGUGAAGUUUUCUCUACCAGUGGGAAUCGUCUCAGCACGGGGAGGUGUUUUUGCCCCGGAAGAAAACAAACUAAAUCCACGUACAUCUCGCAAAAAUGGCCCAAACCUUCGCGGAGGACCAGUAUGGCAGGAAGAUCGAUCGCUGCCUCACGGACACACUGAUUAAAUUCGGUGGCGGUCUUGUUCUGGGUAGUGUCUUCUCACUGCUGUUCUUCAAGAGGCGUGCGUGGCCUAUCAUCAUGGGCUCUGGUUUCGGUAUCGGAAUGGCCUACACGAACUGCGAGCGUUCGCUGAACGGAAAGUAGAGAAGACGGUUUACUUUUAGAUUACUGUUUGUAUGAAUCAAUAAUAGAAUUGUAAAUUUUGGUUGCUAACAGGAGGAUAA